CAUCACUAACUCGUUUUACGUCAUCGGCGUGCGUCUGUAGUUCUGUUUUGCUUCUCCGUCGCAUAUGAAAUAAACCAACGUGGUAUUCCCUUCUGGACAAGAAACACCAGUGCAGGGAUCGAGAAAACAUGUUUAACGAGGAAGAGGACUGGAGUGACGAUCAAGAGGGAGAGACCCUGAGUAGAAAUGUCUUUAAAACCCAAAAGCUGGACAACAGCACACAUUUAAAGUCCAGUGUUGUUGGGAAAAAGAGCCUGCUGCGGACCCUGGAGACACUGGGAUCAGCACCAGAGUGGAAGAGCAGUGGCCAGGAGCAGGACAGCGACAGUGAGACUCAAGAAGCCUCUUCAUCGCCCAGUAAAAAGAAGAAGAGGAGGAAAAAGAGAAGACAGAGAAAGCAAUCAGAAGGCGGAGAGACCAGUCAAACUGUCAAGGAGGAGAAACCUCAACCGAAGAAGAAGAAGAGGGAAAACAAACCUGGAGCCCCAAAAACGCACGGGACAUCUGCGGGAGAGACAGAGGGUCAAGAAGUCCCAGAACCUCCACAGGAGAGCGUAAACAAGGAGCAACGCAGUGAGAAACUGAGCAGACAGCAGUGGAAAAACAAGAUAAAGAAUAAAAAACGAUGCAAGAACAAAUUUCGCCAGAAUAAACCCGAGGACGAGGCAAACCGACCUAAAACCGCUGAUAAACAGGAACCAGCCGAAGAAAUCAAAACAGAUCCGCAUAACGGCAAUGGUGAAAACAUCAGCCAGACGGCAAACCUGAGACAGCAGAAGGGAAAAAAGAGUAAACCAGUGAAAAGAAACAACACAGACCAGCAGGCGGAUGGAGUUACCACAGCAACGGGGAAAAAACAGCGAAAGGGGAAGAAAUUAAAAAGUGGAAACUCUGGCAAAGGCGAAUCUAAAGGUUCUGCUGACGGAUUAAAACGUAAAGCAGACGAACUCCGGGUGGGGAACGCACGUGACCUGCAGCAGUUUCCCGCAAAAAGACAGAAACCAGAGCUGAGCAAAGAGCAGAGUCUGAAAAGAGAGAGGCUGCAGAAAAUACUCCUCAGCCAGGGAAAGGACACGGGUCCAGCAGAGAAGAGCGACACGCCGGCGGUCCAGGAGGAGGUGAAACAAAGCCGCUCCGACUCCCUCAGGUCCCGCAUGGAGCAGCGUCUGGAGGCGGCUCGCUUCCGCUACAUUAACGAACUUCUGUACAGCACGUCAAGCGGCGAGGCCAGGCGCAUGUUUCAGCAGGACCCACAGGCCUUCUGGGUGUACCACAAAGGUUACACGGCUCAGGUCCAGAGGUGGCCCGCCAACCCGGUGGACGCCAUCAUCUCCUACAUCCAGAAAAAAUCACCUACGCUGGUCGUGGCAGACUUUGGUUGCGGCGACUGUAAAAUAGCGAGCAGCGUGAAGAAUAAGGUGCACAGCUUUGACCUGGCUGCCACCUGUGAACUCGUCACUGUCUGUGACAUGGCCAACGUGCCUCUUGGUGACAGCUCUGUGGACAUCGCUGUGUUUUGUCUGUCCCUCAUGGGCACCAACCUGGCAGAGUUCUUGGCAGAAGCCAACCGUGUCUUGAAAAUGAGGGGUGUCCUGAAAAUUGCAGAAGUAGCGAGCAGAUUUGACAACGUGCAGCACUUCAUUUCUGCGCUGGGAGGUCUGGGAUUUAAGCUGACGUCGAAGGACACAGAAAACAGUCAUUUUUUCUCCUUUGAGUUUGAGAAGACAGGAAAUGUUUCCAAAAACUUGAAGAAAUCUGGACUGCAGUUGAAGCCAUGUCUGUACAAGAAAAGAUAGUGUUAGUGGAAGAAUUUAUAAGCAUGCAUGUUUGUAAAACAUUCAUAUAAAUCAGCAGGUAGUUUGGCUAUACCUUUUGGGUUUCCUUUGUGGCGGUGUACAGAUAGUAGAUUGCAGAUACAAAAACAGAAAACCUCCUUUAAGAUGUAUUUAACAGCACAAGAAGAUUUCUGAUAGGUGACUAUAUAACUAUAGCUCAACAGCUUGUGUUUUUUUUGUUUUGUUUUUUUACACAAACUCUCCCUCAUAUUUAGCUUUUUUUUACCAAUGUAUUAACAGCAUCAGCUUUAAUUUAAUUGGAUCAAUUCUCUUUAAAACUGAAGUUCCCCAGACGACAACUGAAUAAAGACCAAAUCUCCUUCAUCUUUACCUGAGACACUGAUUUCAUAACUACCACAACAAGAAGUUGCAACCAGGGGUGCACAGAAUUUUAAAUUAGUAAAUUUAUGACAUUUAUAAACCUUCAGAAACUGUGAGAAUGACUCUGCCACUUUAUUUUCCUUUCAUUGGAUGCUCUUAAUUGCAGUCCUGUAUUUAGGAUUUCUAUUUGUUUAAAUCACGGCUUCAGACUCAUUUAAAAGCUAGUUCAUUCUGUUCUUAAUAAAUAUCUAUUCAAUCCAA